AUAACUCGAAAAUGACCAGAAACAAUUUAGAAGCUAGAAGCCGAGGCAGAGACUGUACAAAAAGAUUUUCUCCAAGCGACCAUCCAGCCAUUGGAAUUGUUUUCAAGUACCAACUGAAACUCUGAGCAAAUGGGGCAGUAGGGUAGCAGAAUUCAAGAGAUUGCAGCUGUUUUGAUUUCUGGAAUGCAAUGGAUAUAGCUAGUCAAGUUGCUUGAGAUAAUUGAAGAAGAAUGGCUGUUCAUGUUCUUCUUGCAGCAAAGACCUUUCCCCCUGUAAUUUCCAGGACAAGGGAGAAUACCUUGAAACCUGCCAAAGAGUAUAAAGUACAAUCCAGGUGUGAGCUACCCUCUCAAGAGGCUUCAUCAAGUCGCCGCCAUUUUGUAGCUGGUGCCUCGAUUGUUACGAUUCUGACCAUUAAUUAUGGCUUAGCACCAUCACCGGUUUGGGCUGAUGAUAAGUCGGAUGAUGAAGAGGAAAAGGAUGGAGUUAUAGGUGCUCUUAGAUCACUGUUUGAACCUAAUGAGAAAACAAAGUCUGGAAAAGUGUUGCCGAAGGCUUACUUGAAGUCAGCAAAGGAGGUCGUGAAGACAUUGCGCGAAUCGCUGAAUGAAGACCCCAAGGAUAAUGCCAAAUUCAGGCGUACUGCAGAUGCAGCAAAGGAGUCAAUUCGAGAGUAUUUGGGCAAUUGGAGAGGACAACAAGAGGUGGCUCAAGAGGAGUCUUAUGUUGAGAUUGAGAAAGCGAUAAGAUCGUUGGCCGGCUUUUACUCCAAGGCAGGGCCAUCUGCCCCACUGCCUGAAGAAGUUAAGUCUGAGAUAUUGAAUGAUUUGAAUACAGCUGAAGAGUUUCUGUGAGGCAUAAGAUUUUUUGGGGCAGCACGCAUAUCUCUUACACUGAGUGUAAUCAGUUGAUUUGUGGAGAGAACUUAGAGAGCUUCAGUUUGAUGCCUCCUUCAUUUCUCAACACUAUGAACAAAUUUGUUGUGUAAAGCUCUAUUGCUCUUAAUAUGUACCUCAUUUGACGAAUUUCUUAUGAGCAGCCAUAUGUUGUAAUUUUAUUUGAGGAACAAAUCUUAGCAAAAACGGAGCUGAGACAAUAAAUGCAUUUCUUUCGGACGAGAAA